GCCGUCACCUACGAGACGUGCUGGGGCUACUACGACGUGAGCGGCCAGUACGACAAGGAGUUCGAGUGUAACAACAGCGAGAGCGGCUACCUGUACUGCUGCGGCACCUGCUACUACCGCUUCUGCUGCAAGAAGCGCCACGAGAAGCUGGACCAGCGCCAGUGCACCAACUACCACAGCCCCGUGUGGGUGCAGACGCCCAGCACCCAGGUGGUGUCCCCGGGGCCCGAGAACAAGUACGACCCUGAGAAGGACAAGACCAACUUCACCGUCUACAUCACCUGCGGCGUGAUUGCCUUCGUCAUUGUGGCUGGCGUCUUCGCCAAGGUCUCCUACGACAAGGCCCACCGUCCGCCCAGGGAGAUGAACAUCCACAGGGCUCUGGCUGACAUCUUGCGGCAACAAGGACCGAUCCCCAUAGCACACUGUGAACGAGAGACGAUCCCGGCCAUCGAUACCUCUCCCAAAGAGAACACGCCAGUCAGAUCGUCCUCCAAAAACCACUACACCCCUGUGCGUACGGCCAAGCAGACCCCAGGGCAUUACGGCAAGGACGCUUACCGCGGUGGCGGCGGGCCGGACCUCCAUAACUUCAUCUCCUCUGGAUUCGUCACGUUGGGAAGAGGACACACGAAGGGUGAUCAUCAGUAUAACCAUCCGAUUUUAUGCAGUGCUACCCAGACCCCUACACAUGAGAAACCACGGAUGAACAACAUCCUGACAUCAGCCACGGAGCCCUAUGACCUCUCCUUCUCCCGCUCCUUUCAGAACUUGGCUCACCUGCCCCCCUCCUACGAGUCUGCCAUGAAGACGAACCCUAGCAAGUACUCCUCUUUGAAGAGACUAACAGACAAGGAGGCCGACGAGUAUUACAUGCGGAGGCGGCACCUGCCGGACCUGGCCGCCCGCGGCACCCUUCCUCUCAACGUCAUCCAGAUGUCCCAGCAGCAGAAGCCGCUGCCAAGGGAACGGCCCCGCCGGCCCAUCCGGGCCAUGUCACAGGACAGGGUCCUGUCUCCACAGCGGGGCUUCCCAGAUGAGUUCGGCCUGCCCUAUGACCGCAUCCUGUCUGACGAGCAGAUGCUCUCCACCGAGCGCCUGCACUCGCAGGACCCACUGCUGUCCCCAGAGCGGACGGCCUUUCCUGAGCAGUCCCUGUCUCGGGCCAUCUCACACACAGAUGUCUUUGUGUCCACGCCCGUGCUGGACCGCUACCGCAUGACCAAGAUGCACUCCCAUCCCAGUGCCUCCAAUAACUCCUAUGCCACCCUGGGCCAGAGCCAGACGGCGGCCAAGCGCCAGGCCUUCGCCUCUCGCAGACAUAACACCGUGGAACAGUUGCACUACAUCCCGGGCCACCACACCUGCUACACAGCCAGCAAGACCGAAGUGACCGUGUGAUGGGGUCAGGGCAGGGCCACUGGGCAAGCAGGGCAGGGACUGGGGACAGGGCUAGAGCAGAGCGGCUUGCCUCGUUUUCUCCCCUUCCCUCAUCCCCACCAUUGGAGUGGGCAUGGGUUGCCUUUGCCCAGAAAGCCAUGUCCCGGGGGGCUCAGCCCAGGAGGUCCAGCCUCACACCUAGACUCUAGAGCAUCACCCCUUUCUCUAGAAGAGUUGGGGGGUGAGGGGGGGCUGAGGAAAGGGGCUAGGCCCCUGCCUUGUCCCCAGCCCCCAUCCAAGCCCCCUCUCCCCUCCUGGGGACUCUCAGCCAGGAGGUCCCCUCCAGAGCCUGGCCGAGAGCCAGUGGGCGCAGUCAGUGGGCUGACUAUUCACCUAGAACUGCAUCACAGAAUCUUCCAGUGCCUCUAAACUGCCUGCUCGCUCUUGCAGCGCCAGGGAGCUGCUGUGUCCAUAAGCACAAUAAUGAUUCUUUCUGCCUGCUGGAGCUCGGGUCCCCACGUGUGCCCCUUCCUGCACUGGCCCCCAGUGGGCCCUGCCCUGGCCCGGGCCUCCUCCCUCAAGGCCCAGGGAUAAGAAAUGGGGUGGUCUUAUCCUCCAGCUGCCUCUUCAUUGUUGGGGAACUUGCCCUGGUUCCAACUAGCUGGCUGCCCCACCCGUAUUGCCUCUCACCCCCUCUUUGGGGGACCAGAGGACAUUGCUCGUCCCCCAGCCCUAGCUAAGUCACCCCUCAGUUUGUGUGGGGGGGGGAAAUAAAGGCUCUAGUCCUCCCAGAGGAGAGUAUUGAUGGGCUUAUGGGGACCUUGGGGUGCCCUUACCAGCCACCUGAUUAUGUAGAUACUUCUUCCAGGCCUCUGGGACCGAACUGUGACCUGCCACCCAGGCUGCCUUCGCCUCCCCUGUUCUGUUGUGCUCCCCAGAGGCUCCUGCCGUGGCCAGAGAGCCCAGGCUGGGGAGGGCACUGUGAUGCCCUGGGCCUUAGGGGCUCUCCAUUCCCAUCCCCCAGGGCUCUGCCAGUCCCCCACUACCCACAUCAGGCAGGAGCAGGGGAAGGCUCAGCUCUCAAAGAGAACGGCCUGGACACUGCCCUGCCCCUGCCCUCCUCUCUGCCAGUCACCGCCCACCUGAUGGGCCCCUUCUUGCUUUAGAACUCGCUCACUCUCACCUGAUUCCACCUGCUCAUCUCCUGUCCUCUUGAAAGUCCAUUACCCUCCCCUGGAGCAAAGUGAUAUUUAAAGGGUCGCCAAGACACUGAUUGGUCUGGGGACUUCCUGAGCAGCUCAAAGGGGUGCUUUCCCUCACCAGCAGGGAGUGCCCGGGCUUCCAGCAAAUCCAUGGCCUAGGCUGUGUGUGUAGGGCAGAGUGCGAAGGACCAAGGGGACAGGAGUACCAGGGCCAGCCAGUUCUUCUCCUCCAACCAGGGGUUGGAAGAUGUGAUGGAAAAGCAGCAUCCAUUCUUCCUAAGACCAGGCCCUGGGAGGGUGGAGGGGAGGAAGGGGGACUUCACCUGCCUGCCUCACAGCUGCAGCUUGGGAGGAAGCCUGGGCUCGGGCUGGAGCCAGGUUGCAAACGCUAUUCAGACCUAUAAAAAGAAAUUACACACACACACGAGAGAGAGAGAGAGAGAGAGAGAGAGAGAGAGAGAGAGAGAGAGAGAGAACACAUCUCAGAGGCAGCCCAAAGCUCUUGUCUCUUUCCCACCAAAGCUCGCCUCUCAUGGCACACCAGACACCCUAGGAGGCCGGGAAAUCUUGGGGACUAGGGACAUAGCGCUCAGUUUCCCACCAGGGAGAGGUCUCUGCCCCUGUGACUGCUAUACUGCCCCCACCACCACCACAAUGCCACAAACACAUAAACCUUCCUCAGGGCGGGUCCCCACAGGCUGGUUUAUGGGGGAUUGUUCCCGAGGCAAGGCCAAGAGGUCUGGGCUAGUGAAAGUCCAUCGGAAAACAAACAACAUGGUGGGCUUCUCAUGGCGCGGUCCCUCCCUAGCCCAGUGCAUCCUGGUUCAGCCAGUCCUCUGAAACACUGUCAGUUAGUGGGGAGGGGAAAGAAAAGAUGUGGGUGGGAACCCUGUCUCCCAGCUGUCUACACACAAACACGCAUAACCAAUGAGCUCUUGACGUCCCGUGGGAAGCAUCUUAUCAGAACAAAGUUCGCCAGCCUCAGAUGCCUUCCCCAGGCCUGUCUCUGACAAGGUGUCCUUCUGUCUCCAGAGUUGUUUGGUAAAUUAAUCCUAAAACAGUACUCAUCCUAAUUUUGUCACUGUUUGUUUUAAAAUGUCUGGGGUCAGUCACAGUGGAAAAUUCUCCUACUUCUUCCAAAUGGCGUAAAACAGCCCCUAGGUUAGGAAUGAGAUCAGUUCCAAACUGUGUUUUGAAGAAUGUGUUAAUCAAAGGCUUCUUAUUUAGGCUUACUCUAGUGCAGUGCUUCCCAAAGCGGGCAAUACUGCAUCCUGCAGAGUGGGAGAGAGAUCUAGGUUUCGGGAGCGGAGGGUUGGUUCCUGAAGGUUGUAUAAGCAGAUGCCUACACUUUAUCUUGGAGUAUGGGUAAAGUAUCAAGGUUUCUCUUUUGGCUAAAAGAGGGCAGUAGGCCAAUUAACUUUGGGAACCUGUGCUUUUAAUGCAAGAAAGGGAGUCCUCCUAGGAAAGGCAUUGGGCUGCUAAUCGCAAGAUCUGUGGUUCAAACCCACCAGCCACUUCAAGAAAGAAAAACGUGGCUCCCUGCUCUCGGGAAGAUGUCCACAGUCACGAUGAGUUGGAAUGGACUCUGUGGCAGUGGGCGGGCUGGGUUUCUGUGAAAGAGAAGAUUCAAAGCCUUGGCAAUGGCUUAGAAGCUGUGCACACAGCAAGUGAAGGGAGUAUGAGUGUGUGUGUGUGUGUGUGUGUGUGUGUGUGUGUGUUGCUUCAACUGUUUCAAAGUGAGGGCAAAUUGAAAUCACAUCAAAACAGAUCCACAAAGAUGGUGGUGCCCCUGUCCAAGAUGGUGGCCAUGCUCAUGGUUUCGAAUGUGUGUGAAUUUCCAUAGUCCUGUCAAUAAUCCAAUUUCCUCCAUCAGGCCCCUGACAGGGCUUCUUACAUCUCUUCAGAGUCGCCCAUUCCAGACCUUGGACCUGUACUUUUCCAUUCCAGUUACUGUGACCAGUCACUGAAAUUGUAGACAUUCCAGUUAGUUUGUUUUGCUGCCCCAGCCACGACAGAUCCAGUUUGAAGCCCUGCAUUAAAAAGCAACUGGGACUUGUCUGUAAGUCAGGCAUGUGUAACCCAGGGACUGCCUGUAUUCUGUUUCACCUUUGGGUCUAGAAGACAGGGCACAAAAGAUGAGGGAAGAAGAAAAGAAAACGGAAGGAGAAAAGAGUAAGAAUUCUAUAAGCUCACUCAAAUCUGCUCCGUCUUUUUGACCUCUAGACUACUGGGAACCACAGAAAAAUCACAUUGACCCGGCUGGUCCGUCCAUGUUGACAGUACAUGCAGGGCCACCUUCACAAGGAAAGUCCACACAAGUGAGAAGAGCGUGUUCUGGGCUUGGAACCCAUGUGUCCUGACUUCCAGUCCAACCUGACUGGUGGUUCUACCACACCUGGAAGAGCCCCUGCCCCUCCUCCAGCAAGGGAAGGUGGAAGCCUACACUGUCCUUCUGUUCCUCCGGUCUCUGUGCGUCCCUGUUGCUCUGAUGAGAAUGCACUCGGAUUCACAGGGUUUCCCCUCCCAUCUUUUACUGGCCCUGGUGAACUCAGUCUGAUACCUUUCCUGUCCGACUUCCUCCAGUUAAUGCAUAGACGGCACCUUCCUCUAGUUAAUGCUACAUGGGCUGAUGGGCCCCAGCAGCUUUGCCAAGGAUUCCCUAGCCCCCUCACUAGGCCCCAUGGUGUCUUAGGUGAUCGUUCUACCCCUUAGAAAGUUCCAGCUCCUUCUCUCUUUCCACAAUCACACUCCCCUGCUCUUAUCUUAAGUCAGUUCACGCUUUCCUUCUUGCAUCUCGCUCACUUGGGCCUCGUCCUCAGUUCAUUGUGCCUCCAGCACAACCCUUCUGCUUCCAUUUACUGUGCUCUGCCCGACCUACUUCUCCCUGGUGCUGUUCUCCCUAUCAGUGCUCCGGAAGAAAACCACAGAAGAAACAGAUGUUCCUUGUGUCUUUGACAGGGAUCGCUGAUUUAUCCUUCACCUCCUGUCCCCGCCAGUGACAGUCUGGGGCACCAAGCCAAGUACUCUCCCUCCAAUCUUUGGGAGGAAGAGGAGAAGAACUUCCCUUUCAGAAGGGUCACUGCCAAAAGUCUCUGCAGCUGGCAAGUCCCCUGGAGCUCUUGAUCCAGCUCGCCACUAAGACCAUAAGCUUCUGCUCUGGCCAAAGACUCAUAAUUCUGUUGUGGGCUCUUAGCCAUUGUCCCACUUGACUUUGACCAUUCCCUACUUGUGCUUGCCACAGACCCUCGUGUGUCCCCAAAGAUAUGGGGAAUCUCACAACACCCCAAGCAUAGUGGAAGCGUCCAAUCAUCCUGCCACCAAACACAUUUCUUUUUCUUCAGUGUUACCUUGUCGUCCGCUGCCAGCUUCUCACCCUCAGAUUCCCUCAGCCACAAGCAGCUGUGGGCUGGGCCCCAGCUAAUAGGAAAGGGUUGUUGGUCCUCUGGACCAAAGAAAGUGCCUGCCCUCGGGAGGGUUGUGAUGUUGUUUCCCACAUGCAUUAUUCUCCUGUCACCCAUUCUGAGCCUGGGAAACUCUGGAGUAUUUUCAAGGAAGUGCAUUGAGUUUUAAUGGAAUAUUUUUCAGGGUCCAAAAAAUGUUAUUUUUUGUAAACGUAGCAUUUUAAUGACAGGUUCAAUACAGAAGAGAGGUCUUCCUGGGGUCCAGAUUGGAUCUGGGGAGACGGUCUACCGCAGGAGCAAACAAGCACAGGGCCGGGGCUCCAGAGACAUGGCUUCCAGUCCUGGCUUUGUCUCCAUUGGGUGUGAUCGAGGGCAAAUCACGCUCUCGCUCAGUGCCUCAAUUUUCCCAUCUGUACCGCAAGGGGCUUUGACUAGAUGAGUUCUGAAGUUCUGCCUAGCUCUUACAGCCCUAGGCUAUUAACCUGUUAAUACCCCUCCUCAACCCAUCCCACCAAACUGAGCUGCACAUAUCCCAACGUCAGCCCCACUGCAACAGCCCGCACAUCCUCUACACAACCAUCAAACUGUGCCCCAGAGCCUAGGUUGGCCCUGAUGGGAUGGGCCACCCAGUGAUCAUCUCCCUCCCGAAAGUUUAAAGGCCUAGCCACCUCAUUGAAUAUGGAUGCCGUCUCAUAAUAGACACACCUCCAUCAUCCUGGCCAUCUGUGACUCUGAGGAAUCUUGCGUUGAGAUUUUACAUUUUUGAUGUGGUUCUUAUAGCUGGAGGGAGGCGGUUCCAAUUUCAGAGACGGGGUGGGCUGGAGGCUAAAGGUCUGGAGGUUUGCCCAUGCAGGCCUGAUGCUUGAAUUUGGAGGGCAGCUCAGAAAUGCAGCCUGAGCCCAAGAGAACUCAAGGCAAAGGCUGUGUAACAACGGAUGCCAUCACACCCCACUCCAGAACAUGUGGCUUGAGCACCAAGUCCAGACACUGAGGCUCUGCUCCAUUUCUCGGACAAAGAGUCAUCACUCCCUGAGGCUGCUAGGUGGGCACGCACCUGGCCCUAGGACCUUCCUAGCCCCUCCUCAUGCCACUCCACCGUCCUUCCUGUGAAGGCUUGUGAUACAAGAACGGAGAGUCAAGUUGGUGUCAUGAAACCCAUCAUGUAAAUCGACAAGCAUAUCACCUUCCGUGUCAGAGAAAUGCAUCUCGUGUGUUUCCUUCACGUCCUCCCUCCCUAGUGAGAGGAAGACCCCCUUGCUCAAGUUUGCUGUCUACCCCCUCGGUAACCUUUGAAUGCCACUCCCAUGGGAGGACUCAUUCGUUUGCUUUGUAGUGGCAGAUACUCUUCUAGUUCUAUAACGCAACUAGACAUUUUGUAGUCAAGAAUUCUUGAAAUUCUCUAAUAAAAAGCAAUUCUUACUGUAAUAUUUUUAGUUGGGGGACACGAUUUCCUAAGGGGGAAUUGAUGAACAUUUUUACGCAUUAGCCCAAUUGACGGAUUCCAUGUUUAUUAUCUGGUAGUGCUGAAGAGAAGUACCUUCCUCUCUGUCCCAUUGCUGUGUCUUCCUUAUUCAUGAGUAAGCUUCACGUAAGCAGUGCCUCGCGACUGCUGCUUCUGUACAGAUCUCAUCGGUCUCCUUACCCCGUCAAAGCACACUCUAUAUGUACUGUAAACCGAUAUUACUUUAGUAAGAUGGAGUCUUAAGGAAUUUUCCACUUUUGUCAGUAACAGAUAUUUAUGAAUUAAAAAAAAAAUAAAGUCGUUUCAACAUAA